AUGUUCCUGAGUCCAAGCGAGGGGCCCGUGGCAGAGGGCGGGGGGCCAGGGCCGGGUGAGGGGGCCCCCAAGAAGCAGCACCGGAGGAACCGCACGACUUUCACCACGUACCAGCUGCACCAGCUGGAGCGGGCAUUCGAGGCCUCCCAUUACCCGGACGCGCACAGCCGAGAGGAGCUGGCGGCCAAGGUGCACCUGCCUGAGGUGCGCGUGCAGGUAUGGUUCCAGAACCGCCGGGCCAAAUGGCGCCGCCAGGAGCGUCUGGACUCAGGUUCAGGGGCUGUGACAGCCUCACGGCUCCCGGAGGUCCCAGCACUGCCCUUCGCCCGCCCUCCAGCCGUGCCGCUGCCCCUGGAACCCUGGCUGGGCCCAGGGCCCCCGGCGGUGCCAGGCCUCCCAUGCCUCCUGGGCCCAGGCCCGGCCAUGCAGGUGCCCUUUGGGCCACACGCCUUUGGUCCAGCCUUCGCCGACGAUUUCACCCUAGAGGAGGCGUCCCUGAGGCUGCUGGCCAAGGAGCACGCACAAGUCCUGGAUAGGGCCUGGCCCCCAGCCUGA